CCCCAUUCCCAUUUCCCCUCCCCCUUCACACCUCCUUAAUUAAUCUACACUUUCUCUAUAUAAGCACCCCUACAUCUCCUCUCUCUCUCUCUAAAAGUAGAUAUAUUUUGUUGGAAAUUCUUCUGCAUGAUGGAGACCCAAAACAAGUCUAGCAAUGGGGUGAGAGGUGAAGAAGUGAAGGUGGCUAAUAAAAGGAGUGUGAAUUGUUCGGAAUUUGUGUUGAGGCUUUUGGCCUUUGCAUUCACUCUCGUGGCGGCAAUUGUUCUUGGGGUUGAUAAGCAGACCAAGGUUGUGCCCAUACAGGUGGUUCCGACCUUGCCACCUUUAAGUGUUCCGGUCACUGCUAAGUGGAAGUAUUUGUCUGCCUUUGUGUACUUGGUGGUGACAAAUGCCAUAACAUGCUCAUAUGCAGCCCUCUCUUUGGUCCUCACAUUGUCCACAAUGGGUAAAAAGAAGGGGUUUUCUCUGGCGCUCAUCAUCCUUGAUCUAGUGAUGUUGGCACUGCUCUUUUCUAGCAUCGGAGCUGCCACCGCGGUCGGUUUCAUUGGCUACGAAGGCAACUCGCACGUGCGUUGGAACAAAGUAUGCAACGUCUUCGAUAAGUUCUGUCACCAAGUGGCUGCUUCCCUAGCCAUGUCUCUGCUUGGAGCAUUUGCGUAUCUCUUGCUGAUUGUGCUUGCUGCCAUGAAACUUCACAAGAAAUACGAGUAGAAUGUGAUGAAGUAACUUUGAUCUCUCUUGAGCAUGUUAAUUUGGUUUUCAUUUGUGGCCAAGUGAUGUUGUUGUUUAGUGAGUGUGGACUAAAUGCAGAAUGUAUGAUAGAUUUCUCUUUGUGCUGUUGUUUCCUUCUUCUGUGAUCUUUUGCAUAAUUGUAAAAUGUUCCUCUUAAUAAUAAGAAAUAAUCAUUAACCUUU